AUGGGUACAAUACAUGGUGAUAGAGUGAAAACAGGAGUGGAGCGCACGAUGCUGGCUCGGUACGAGGAGGCUCUGAACGUGGGGGCGCGCGCCGUGGUGGGGGCGCGCAGCGUGCGCGGCCCCGUGUACGGCGCGUGCGUGUGCGCCCCCACGCUGGGCUACGCCGUGUCGCUGGCGUACGCCGGCCGACUCAUCGCGCGUGAGGAUCUGCCGUACCAGCACGCCAUACUCGUAUCGGAGGCGCUGAUAUACGGCGCGUGGAUGUUGGCGGCGGCGCUGUCGUUCGCGCCGUCGUUCGCGGGCGCGCGGCGGGCCGGCGCGCGCACCCUGGCCGCGGCCGCACUCACGCCCGCCGUGCGCACCGCACACACCGCGCGCGACCUCACACGCUGGGACGUAGAGGGCGAGGUAUCGUUCAGCGACGUGUCGUUCAGCUACCCGACGCGGGCACAGAGCCGGGUACUGCGCGGCCUGAGCCUGCGCGUGCCGGCGCGCCGCACCACUGCGCUGGUGGGCCACAGCGGCUGCGGGAAGUCCACGCUGCUGCAUCUACUCAUGAGGAGCUACGACCCCGAGGGGGGCACUAUCACUAUAGACGACAAGGACAUAAAGCGCGACCUAACACUCCGCCAGCUGCGUUCCCAGCUGGGGCUGGUCCAGCAGGAGCCUGCGCUGUUCUCCCGGACCAUCAAGGAGAACAUUGCAUACGGAGACAUCAGCCACGACGCUAGCAUGGACGACAUCAUCGAGGCGGCCAAGCAGGCCAAUGUGCACAACUUUAUCAUGGGAUUGCCGCAGGGUUACGAGACAGUACUGGGCGGCGGUAGCGGCGCGUCGCUGUCGGGCGGACAGAAGCAGCGCCUCGGCAUCGCGCGCGCCCUCCUGCGGCGCCCGCGGAUACUACUGCUCGAUGAACCUACCUCGGCACUCGAUGCCUCCAGCGAGAAGACGGUACAAGCCGCGCUAGACGCCGCCGCGGCGGAGCGCACCACCAUCAUCAUCGCGCACAGACUGGCCACCGUGAGGAACGCUCACCUCAUCUGUGUCGUCGAUAAAGGCGUAGUAGCAGAGAGCGGUACUCACGAAGAGCUCGUGAAGCGACGCGGUCUGUACUGGCAACUGUUGCAGCAACAAGCCGGCGACGCUGCAACGUGAAGCGCGACAGCAUUCUACAUGUAACGUGUAACCAUACACCGACACAGCUCUCGGACUCGCGUGCAACGUGUAACAUGCAACGUACGCUGCAACGUGUCUGUGCUACUGUACUUAGUUCAUAAAUAUCGUAUCUGUGAUCAUGACUGUCUGUACUGUUAGGUUAGGACAAUAAGUAAUUGUACUUAUUAUAUUUUAAGUGUAUCUCAUUUAGAUAUGUUUGUCUCUGUCUACUUGUAUGGAGACGGAAAGAGAUAAAAGACGUCUUACUAUGACUUGGGAAUAUUAGAAUAUCCUCAAUGUUACAAAUAGUAAACAAUUUGAUUGAAUGACUGUCCGUUUGUUGGAUGUACAAAUGUUAACAUUUAGUAUUUAUAUAAUAGUGUAUGUAGCUAGUUGUAAAUAGUGCGUGUGAUGUGUUCAGACAGCUACAUUGUAAGUAUACGGAGGUAUAACAGGUUCAGGUAAUUGACUAGAACGUUACACGGUGUAACAGUACUUGCAACACUACCACUCAUCAUCCUAACUCUUUGAACUUAUUUCAUUCAUUUUCCUUCAAGUCGUCACUCACGUUGCAAGGACUGCUUCACAUUUAAGAUACUCUAUUUAGCUCGAACACAACAUCGAGUUGAGUACAAGUAUAAUGUUUAAAGUUAGUAUUUGAUUGUACGAGUCGAAGCCAAAUAUCUUUAAGUUAGCGUCUGUGAUCUGGAAUCUCUGUUGACUACGAAUUACUUUAGUUAUUUAUACAUUGAUAGGCAAUCAAGGAAACGCUGCCCCGUCGCUCUCUGGAAGUCUGGACCUACAGCUUAUCAAAUUUCAUGUUUCCUCUGUCAUCCAUUCUCUGUGUCAAAUACAAGUGCAGCCGGGCGGCGAAUUUAGUCUAUAGGUCAUUUAAAGUAUUAUAAUAAUAAAGUUCGUGUGGUUUAC